GUCCGGCUGCUGACGUCAGAGGCCGCGCAGCGUCAGGCGGCCGGUGCCGGAAGCGCGGGGAGGAAGCACCGGGCUGCCCGGCGGCGGGGCCAUGGCAGCAGGCUACCAGUACAGGCCCAACGGCGGCGCCGGCGCCGCACUGCCUGAUCCCUCCUUCCUGUGGAACGUCUUCCAGAGGGUUGAUAAAGAUAGAAGUGGAAUAAUAUCUGAUAAUGAGCUUCAGCAGGCAUUAUCCAAUGGCACCUGGACUCCAUUCAAUCCAGCAACAGUCAGAUCAAUUCUUGGCAUGUUUGACAGAGAAAACAAAGGAGGUGUGAACUUCAAUGAAUUCACAGGAGUCUGGAAGUACAUCUCAGACUGGCAGAAUGUCUUUCGAACGUAUGACAGAGACAAUUCUGGCAUGAUUGACAAAAAUGAACUAAAGCAAGCACUAACAGGUUUUGGUUACCGACUGUCUGAUCAGUUCUAUGAUAUCCUGAUUCGGAAAUUUGACAGACAAGGACGGGGACAAGUUGCUUUUGAUGACUUUAUUCAGUGUUGUGUUGUUUUACAGAGGCUGACUGAUGUGUUUCGACGAUAUGACACUGAUCAAGACGGCUGGAUUCAGGUGUCCUAUGAGCAAUAUCUUUCCAUGGUCUUCAGCAUUGUAUGACACUGAUAACUGGAAACUGCACACUGGCAUCACAGACUGGAGUUGCCAAAUCACCAUGUGCUGAAUAAGAUUGUUGAUGUAUCAUAACAGAUAUAACUAUACAUUCUUCAAUUUUGUAUGUUGGUCAUCAGCCUCAGAAUCUGUACUUGAGUUGUUUUUUGUUUUGUAAUGUACGAUACAGCCAUCUCUGCUUACUGUAGUACAGAAAGCACAAAUCUAGAUCUAACUGGUGCAAUGUCAACCUUAACCUUCUUCCACAUAUCCUGCAUGGGAAAAAAAUGACUCUUUAGAAAUGCCAAAUUAAAAUAAUGCUUGUUAGUUUGUAAGAGAAUGGAAAGUGAGAAGUUGCACAACAUGUUUUGCAUGUGCCUUACUUUUAUAAGAGUUUAAUGUAUUAAUUUUUAAUACAGAAUUUAAAACUAAGUACAAAUAUUAAAUCAACUUCCACACUCUC